AUGCCUUCCGCAACAUCUCCACCUGAGUGGCAUCGCCAGCCCCUUCAAUACUCAGGCUCCCUCGAUCACCUGGAAUUUACAGAAUACAGUCCCAUCAUCGGGCGUGAAUAUCACACGGCAAAGCUUAAGGAUAUGCUUUAUGCUGAGAAUGCCGAACAGCAGAUCAAGGAUUUGGCAAUCACCAUCAGCGAGCGAGGCGUGGUAUUUUUUCGAGCGCCUCAAGACGACUUGACGAUCGAGGAGCAGAAGCGCUUCACGGACCUCCUGGGCAAGCUGAGUGGGCGACCAGAAGAGAAUGGCCUCCACGUCCAUCCACUGUUCCGCGACGAGAACAACAUUCCCAUGGCAAGAACAGGAACGACCGACAAGCACGUCUACGUCCUAAACACGGAAGCCCACAAGAAGCUGUUCAAAUCAAUCCCCAAGAACCACUCGACCGAGCCAAAAGAUCUGGCUCGUGAAUGGCACAGUGAUUGUCUGUUUGAGCCGUGUCCGGCCGACUACAGCUUUCUCCUGAUGGAGGAGACACCGAAACACGGAGGAGAUACGCUCUUCUGCUCUGGCUAUGAACUCUAUGAUCGCAUCUCUCCGUCCUUUAGAAGCUAUCUCGAAACUCUGACCGCUACAUGUCAUCAGCCAGCAUUUAAAAACGCUGCGACAGCCGGAGGUUACGAAAUCAUGUCUCCACGAGGCUCGCCCCUGAAUGUUGGUGAUGAUUUUGCACCUUCGCACCCGCUCGUUCGAACUCACCCUGUCACCGGGUGGAAGACCUUGUGUGCAGUGGUAGGUAUUCAUGUAUCUCGAAUCAAUGACGUCUACGACUACGAAGACAAGAUGAUCCGGGACUACAUGAUUCGUCUAAUCACCAGAAACCACGACUGUAUUGCCAGAAUGCACUGGACCAAAUAUAGUGCAGCCAUCUGGAACAAUGCUUGCGUGUUCCAUGCUGCAACUCCUGAUACACAUCUGGUACCCGGCAGUGUCCGUAUCGGAGUGCGAACUACAUCCAUUGGUGAAAAGCCAUAUCUUGAUCCGACCUCUAAGUCGCGACGUGAGAGUCUAGGCAUGCCUCUCAUUUGA